AUGGAGCCAGAAGAAGGUUGUGAAGAAGAUCCUCAAGAAGAGAAUGAGUUUGAAGAUGAAAAAGAUGAGGAACCAAACCUUUGUGUCAAAGAAGGAGAGAGUGUUACUCCUCUAUAUGUGGUGAUACGAGCAAUGGUUAGUAAGGCCUUGGAUGAUCAGAGUCAAAGAGAGAAUUUAUUUCACUCCAAGUGCUUCAUCAAGGAUAAUGUGUGUUCCUUAUUCAUUGAUAGUGGGAGUUGUGCAAAUGUUGCUAGCACUGUAUUGGUGGAAUUCUUAAAACUUCCUACCACUAAGCAUGCUACAUCGUACAAACUUCAAUGGUUGAGUGAGUGUGGAGAAUUGAGAGUGCAUCGACAGGUGAUGAUCAAGUUUAAGAUUGGGAAGUAUCAAGAUGAGGUUCUAUGUGAUGUGGUCCCAACACAAACUUGUCAUAUGCUACUCAGGAGACCAUGGCAACAUGAUCGUUCAACCAAACAUGAUGGGAGAAUCAACAAAUAUUCACUUGUGUUGAAUGAUCAUAAAUAUGUUCUUCAUCCUAUGUCCCCCUCUCAAGUCAAUGAUAUAUAUCAAAGAAUGAAUGAGUCGAGGGAAAAGAAGAAGUGUGAACAGGAACAUAUGGAGGCUGAGAGCCAAGAAGAGGAGGAGAGGAGGAAGUUGAAAGGAAAGGCCCAAGUGUUGUUGGCUAAUUACAAAGAGAUAAGGGAUAAAAUUGAGUCUAAAAGUUCUUUUAUCCUUAUCAAACAUAGGGAUCAUGUACUACAAACUAACCAAUCCCAUUCUUCCCUUCCCAAUUCUAUUUCCUUUCUUUUGCAGGAUUAUAAGGAUGUCUUUCCAAAUGAGAUUCCAAGUGAAUUACCCCCUCAUCGGGGAAUUGAGCACCAAAUUGACUUCGUGCCAGGAUCACAAUUGCCAAAAAAGCUGGCUUAUCGAAGCAAUCUAGAGGACACCAAGAAGCUACAAAGGCAAGUUGAGGAACUUCUCAACAAAGGCUAUUCUAGAGAGAGCAUGAGUCCACGUGUCGUGUCGAUUCUAUUGGUUCCAAAGAAAGAUAGAGCAUGGCGCAUAUGUGUUGAUUGUUGA